AUGUCACCUGUGUCUGUGUGUCAGGCUGUGGCAUCUGCAGGGCCCCAGCAGCUUGUGAAUGAGAACUUACGGAAGCAGGAGGAGUCCGUGCAGAAGCACCAUCAGACCUUCUUGGCGUCCAUCAGGACGUUUCUCAACAUUCUUGGAGAAAGAUUCCGUGCCUUCGUGACAGAGCGGGACACAGUGACAGCCACGCCCAAUGCCCUUCCCCUCCGGCAGGUCCGCCAGCAGCUCCUCAGUCGGCCCCAGGACGUGCUGGAGGGUGUUGUGCUGAGACCCAGCCCGGAAGCGCGGGUGCGCGACAUUGCCAUAGCAACAAGGAACACGAAGAAGAACCGCAGCCUGUACAGGAACGUCCUGAUGUGCGGGCCACCGGGCACCGGGGAGACGCUGUUGGCCAAGAAACUCGCCGUGCACUCGGGCAUGGACGACGCCAUCGUGACAGGCGGAGACGUGGCCCCCAUGGGGCGGGAAGGCAUGACCGCCAUGCACAAGCUGUUUGACUGGGCCAAUACCAGCCGGCGCGGCCUCCUGCUCUUCGUGGACGACGCGGACGCCUUCCUUUGGAAGCAAGCCACUAAGAUGAGCAAUUACCACCUCAGAGCCGCCGAGAACGCCUUCCUAAAGUACACGAGGCAGCUCAGCCACAGAUUCAUGCUGGUCCUGGCCAGCCGCCACCCCGAGCAGUUUUACUGGGACAUCUGCAACCGCAUCGACUUCAUGCUUCAUUUCGACCUGCCGGGGCAGCAGGAGCGGGAGCGCCUGGUGGGAAUGUAUUUUGACAACUACGUUCUUAAGGCGGCCACAGAAGGAAAGCAGCGUCCGAAGCUGGCCCAGUUUGACUACGGGAGGAAGUGCUCAGAGAUCACUCAGCUGACGGAGGGCAUGUCGGGCCAGGAGAUCGCUAAGCUGGCUCUGUCCUGGCAG